UUUUGGAAGGCAAUAGUCACAGGCAACAGAAGAAUGCUGCGGAGAGUCCAGUGCGUUGUGUCUCCUCGUGUGUCUGUGCGAGGCAUCUCCUGCAUGGCUUCAGGUGAAAAUGAUUAAAUGCCGGCAUUCUGUUAAAUAUUAUUUUCAUUCUUCUCGGUUCCCAUGUUCGCCUGCAGCUGGUCCCCUUCAUUCUAGCAGGUUGAAUAUGUAGAUCUUGUGUGCGUACAGCAUUUCUUCCCCCGGUUGCCUAGACAAUCAUUGUCUCUCUAUGAGAAUGUCUGGUACCCGCAAAGACUUUGAUGUGAAGCAGAUCCUAAAAAUCAGAUGGAGGUGGUUCGGGCAUCAGGCGACACCUAUUAGUGGGAUGCAUCAAGGAGAUUUUCUGAAUGGUGGCCAGAGCCUGGUGACUGAGGACAGAAAGUUUCCAGACCCAAGUAACCUCUCGUUACCCUUGCCGUCACUGGGCUGCACGAGAGCUAGCAAUCAGGAGUCCCGGGAUCUGGUUCCGUUCCCCAUGGCAGCUGCCUCAGAGCACACUGCCCCCUCAAGCGAAGUGGCAGCCGGUGCCUGUGAAGCAGGGCACUGCCUGGGCAAGACUGACGCCGAAGAUGGGGCUAGUGAGGAAGACAUUGACUCGGAGAGCAGUUCCUGCAGGACCUCAAACAGCAGCCAGACAUUAUCUUCCUGCCACACAAUGGAGUCAUGCGCCCCAGAUGAGUUCUUCCAAUCCCUUAACCACGCAGAUCAGACGUUCAAGAAGAUGGAAAGCUACCUGCGCCACAAGCAGCUGUGUGAUGUCGUCCUGAUCGCUGGCGAUCGUAGGAUUCCCGCCCACAGGUUGGUGCUGUCCUCCGUGUCGGACUACUUUGCGGCGAUGUUCACCAGCGAUGUGAGAGAAGCUAAGCAGGAGGAAAUCAAAAUGGAGGGUGUAGAACCUAAUGCACUAUGGGCCUUAGUUCAGUAUUCUUACACAGGUCGUCUGGAGUUAAAAGAAGACAGUAUUGAGAGUCUCCUGUCCACUGCUUGCCUUCUGCAGCUGCCCCUGGUAGUGGAGGCAUGCUGCAAGUUCUUAAUGAAACAGCUGCACCCGUCCAACUGCCUGGGCAUCCGUUCAUUUGCUGAUGCGCAAGGAUGUACAGAUUUACACAAAGUGGCCCACAAUUACACAAUGGAACACUUUAUGGAAGUAAUAAGAAAUCAAGAGUUCCUGCUGUUGCCGGGGGCCGAGAUUGCCAAGCUGUUAGCAAGUGAUGAUAUGAAUAUCCCCAGUGAAGAAACCAUUCUGAAUGCUUUGCUCACGUGGGUUCGGCAUGACGUGGAACAGAGGAGAAGAGACCUCAGUAAACUGCUUGCUUAUAUCCGGCUGCCUCUGCUGGCACCACAGAUGCGGGCAGGGAGAAGAAGAAGAGGAGGCAGGGAAUGGGGGCCCAGAUUUCCUCCUGCACUGGGGCCCAGGGCUCAAAAGAUACACCACUGGUUUCUUGCAGACAUGGAGAAUAAUGCACUAUUUAGGGAUGACAUUGAGUGUCAGAAGCUGAUUAUGGAAGCCAUGAAAUACCAUUUGUUGCCUGAGAGGAGACCUCAGUUACAGAGCCCUCGCACCAAGCCCAGGAAGUCCACGGUGGGGGUGCUGUUUGCUGUUGGCGGGAUGGACGCCACAAAAGGAGCUACAAGCAUUGAAAAGUAUGAUCUGCGCACCAACAUGUGGACACCUGUAGCGAACAUGAAUGGAAGGAGGCUGCAGUUUGGCGUUGCCGUGUUGGACGACAAACUGUAUGUUGUCGGAGGGAGAGAUGGGCUGAAGACGCUGAAUACUGUCGAGUGUUAUAACCCCAAAACCAAAACUUGGAGUGUUAUGCCGCCCAUGUCUACACAUCGGCACGGCCUUGGCGUGGCUGUCCUGGAAGGUCCUAUGUAUGCCAUAGGUGGCCACGAUGGCUGGAGCUACCUGAACACCGUGGAAAGGUGGGAUCCUCAGGCCAGGCAGUGGAACUUUGUGGCUAGUAUGUCCACACCCAGGAGCACCGUUGGUGUUGCCAUCCUAGGUGGAAAGCUUUAUGCAGUGGGUGGCCGGGAUGGAAGCUCGUGCCUCAAGUCUGUAGAAUGCUUUGAUCCUCACACCAAUAAGUGGACUCUGUGCUCGCAGAUGUCAAAGAGAAGGGGGGGAGUUGGGGUCACCACAUGGAACGGUUUCCUGUAUGCUAUUGGAGGACAUGACGCUCCAGCUUCUAACUUAACAUCUCGUCUGUCGGAUUGUGUAGAGAGAUACGACCCCAAAACAGAUGUUUGGACCUCUGUGGCUUCCAUGAGCAUUAGCCGGGAUGCUGUAGGAGUCUGUCUGCUGGGUGACAAGCUUUAUGCCGUUGGUGGAUAUGAUGGACAGAGCUAUCUCAACAAUGUGGAGGCUUACGAUCCGCAAACAAAUGAAUGGACACAGGUUGCGCCAUUGUGCCUUGGAAGAGCGGGAGCCUGUGUGGUCACAGUCAAUCUAUAGCCUUGCAAGUCUUCUACAUCUUCUGCACAGACUUUCACAUUCCCAAAGAGCUGAGAUUUUGUGAUUUAUUUUAACGAUACAAUAUGCUAUUAUUGCGAAUGUUUAAAAUAUACUACUACUAUUUAUCACGUUAAAACAUUCUACCUAGAUGCACACGUUUAUAGAUGUUGAUCGUUUAUCUACGAAAGAAUAUUUAACUCAUUAUAUUGGACCAACAUAUACAACACUGUUCUAGAAUAGAGAUAUUUUAUUUAAAUAUGUUACUGGAGCAUUUGCAGGGCAAAACAAGUAACAAGGCAUCAAUCAGUCUAUGUAUCGGAGAACGUUGCCGUAUAAUAUUGAUGUAUUUUACCUGUACAGUUUCUUUCAUAGCCAUCACUUCAUAAAACAAAAGUGCAAUCAGGGCUUCCAAAGGUAGGCUGAGGUCCAUGUCACGGGUGGGUGUGCCACCUAUUAUAAUCUUACACAGUAUGUGCAAAAGGUAAGUGGUUCCGUCUUACAAGAGACCUACUGUGCGGAAGAAGAGUGAGUUAUGAGAGAAAUAAGAAUUACUGUACUGAAGGAAAACCGUUGUUUGUUUUUUAUGUGGUUUUUUUAAUUAUUUUUUCUAGAUAUGUGAUCUGGGAAAUGCUGAUUUGUUUUCUUGCUUUUGCGUGACCAAAGUUGUUGUUUUUUUUUUUAUUGUACUUUUACAUACCAGUGUUGCAUUACAUUUGUUAGCUACGCCCAAGUUUGGAGCGUUGCUGCUAUGUGAUUCUUAGGCAUGCAGAUACACAAACAUUUUUUAAAGGUAGAUCACUUUCAAUUUUACAGUGUCUAUGAUAUUUUUCAUUUGUCACAGAGCUAUUUGUUCUUGUCCUACAAAAUAUGGGAAACGUUUCUGUCAGGAAGUGAAAUGUUGGACUAUGUCAUUGAUGUGGUCACUGAUGAAAGACAUGAUAAACACUCUGCUGUGAGUGUUCCAAGGUGGAGGAGAAAGUGAGGCAUUACAGCGUAGAAGGACUGUCACGUCGGAGGUCUUGUCAGGCUGGCUACAUCUCUGGGGCUAUGCAUGCCUUCAUAUGGUUUUAUUCUCCAGAUGAGCUGGAUAUCUCUACACAGGGUGGAAUUUUGGUAUCAAAAACAUGAGGAUUCUUGUAAUCUAAAGGGUUUGCCUAUAAGCAGACACUAGCUAUAAUAAUACAGUUAAUGCCAAAUAAAGAACACCAAAGAUGUCUUGGUAACAAUUUGAUAUCUUUGAAACUAAACCUGAAUUUGAUAAAUAUUCACUUACUAUUAUUUUGUUUUUUAUCCUUCUUGUCGCAACUAAAUUUGGUCCGAUAUAUUUAUCCUUAUUUAGGAAAAUGUACUAGAUCGUUAUAACAUUGUACUGUAGAUGUUUCAUCUUCAUUAGCUAUUGUUUAAUUUGGUGAUGUUAGGAUUAAAGUGGGCAGGUUGGUGGAAUGUUGUGAUAUGUGUGUCUACCAAUAUGAUUUUUGAUGGCUAAAGGGUAGUUACUAACAUGUCCUAAUGCAGUAGCUGUGAACCUGCUCAGUAUUGUUUAUAGUCAGUAGUGGUAACAGAGGAAGAUAUGGUAGAUACAGGUCUUGUUAUAAAGUAUCUAUUUUUUCUCCUUCAACACUCCCUUGAAUUACAAUGGGUGGCUUUCCAUUGAAAUUAGGUAGAGAUGGCUAGAUAAAACCAAUCUCCCCUCUUCCCCUGUGUCUUUUCCUGUAUCUAAGCAGAGGUAGGUCAGGAAGAUUAUCCAGAAGUCUCUAACCUGUGGGUAUAUUUACUAAAGGUCAAUUUUGUUUUAGUUCAAUGUUAGAUCGAUUUUAAAUAAAUUGUAAUCGAUGUUGGGCUUCCAUGGUUAAAACACUCAUUUGCUAGGAGAUGAUUCUUUAUAUUAAUUUUUAAAUGUGAGUUAAAGUGUGUUUUAACGCUGGAAGCUCAAUAUCGAUCUAACAUCGAACAAAAACAAACAAAAUCGACCCUUUAGUAAAUAUACAACCUGGUGACAAAAUCCAAGAAUAAUUACCCAAAGAACAUCUCUCUCAACCCAAAAUGGCUAGUACUAGCCAUGGGACUCCAGUGCUACAGGCUGAGGAGCUCAACUCCCAACAAAAGCAUAUGGUCAUACAAAAAGAAUUAACUCCACUUAAAUGUACUAGCAAUGAGAGCAGUUUGGAAAGUAAACCAUUACUGGGAAAGCAUCUGGAGGUUUUUUCAGACAACAGAACAGUGGUGGUGGUCUUCUUAAGACAUCAGGGAGGCACCUGAUGCAAAGCAAUGACGAUGGAAGUAGCAAAAUGGGUAUCGGGGGCAGAAUGAAAUCUAAAGUCACUUUCAGCAUUCCUAGUAGCAGGCAGUGGCAGAUUAAGUGGUUCAAGGGAACCCUUUUUAAAUAUCUACAAGGAUUAAAGAAAAGGAGCUGCAUUAUAUACCAUCUUGGGAGCAUUUUUAUCUACUGGUCUCUACCUAACCGAAGGUGCCCAUACACUUAUGCGACUUCUCGGAGGGGAGAAGUCGCAUACAAUCACCCUUGAACCGCCCGGCAGCUUUCCGGCUGCAGGAUCGCAUACGAUACAUUGUAUGCAUUCCUUUUGCAUACGAUGUAUCGGAUGCGACCCCAGCCAAGACUGCCAGUGCGAUAUAUCUAUAGUGCAGUACUUCCGAUCUAGGGGCUCCGAUCUGAUGCUCACGGGACCGCACAUAGGAUCGGAUCGGAGGUACAACACAUGCGAUUUGCCAGUUUUCAUCCAUUUUUAUCGGCCCGAAACUUUGGAAUCGGGCAAAAUCGCACUAGCAUAUGGGCACCUUUAGAAGGAAAGCUACUCAUCGUAACGGUUGGCAUGAAGGUUUGUUGAGGAAUAGAUCACUAAUUAUAUUUAGCUGUUAUGCCAGUACAUUUUAUAAAGUAUAAUGCUUCUAUUCUCAGACCUCAGUCAUUGUGUAGCUGUGUUACCAUUCAGUCCUACAUAAUCGGUUGGAGCACCGAGUAGUCAGAUCACAAGGCCAUGUUAGAUCAUUUGACUGAUAAGUUUCUUCAUUUAUUAUGCCAGUGUAAGAAACAUACUAAAAUAGUAGUAAAUGAAAAUGUUGCAACCAUGUAAUAUUGGAAACGCAUAGCAUAUAACCAAAACGGCAACUUUACCAAUAUUAUAUAAUAACUAUAGAAGGGCUUACGCAGCGUAUUUUGCAUAAAUUCACAGCGCACAUCCCUUUGGGUAAUGCAGAGGCUUACAUAUUUUAAUUAUAUCUAGAGUUGUGCCCGGAGAGGCAGAUUGGGGGAGGGAAAGGACAUUAUCACGGAGGCAAAGCUCAGGAAAGGCGUGUUCACACACAAGCCUGUUAGGAAGCGUAUCUGUUGCAGCUAGUGUAACUGAUGAUGAUCAUUGGAGAACUGUACACACCCUGAGACACAAACAGCUUUACAUGCAGGCGAAUAUGCGCAUUCUUCCCACCACACUGCGUUUCAGCAGUGUACAUCCAAAUUACUUCCCGCUCUGCAUCACCUGCAGAAUGACUAAAUACAAUCAUUCCUUAGAUAUUCAAACCAAAAGCACAAUGCUGUAUUAUCUGUGUUAUACGGAAGGGGAAGGUGAAAGGGUAACAGACUGACAUAAAGGUGUGACCUAAAGGUUAACUUAAUCACAGGAAUUAGGACAUACCAACCACUAUUGAAUUCUGUAAAAUAGGGCACUCCAUGUUGUAAGACACUUUAUUUGUCUAGCCCUCCCUGUAAUGUUACCUGUAUGACAUAACGCAUGAAGGCGCGGCUUCUUUCACUACAUUAGGGAGUGUCCACUUUUGUUGGGUUCACAGAUGGUAGAAAUCCAGAGAGAAUUUCAUGCGUCUUCUAAAGGGGGAAGUUACUGACUUGUCAGUGAGUCUUAGGUUGAUAUGGGACCUACUGGAUAGAACGUACCCCUUCUAGUGGAACAUAACUGGGGGUAUUUGCAUCCAUUCAGCCCAUUCAUAAAAUCAGGAGUUGAUGUAUGGCAAUAAGCUCUGUCUCUGAUUUAUCACAAAGGUGUUCAAUGGGGUUGAGGUCCAGAGCACUGUGCAGGCCAGUCAUGUUCUUCCACACCAAACCAUUUUUUGAUGGACCUCACUUUGUGCGUGGUGGCAUGGUCAUGCUGAUACAGGAAAGGGGCUUCCCCAAAGUUGGCAUUCAGGCAGGAAGCAUUGUCCUGUGCUUUCACCUAACCCAGAUCCGUCAUUCAGUCUGCUAGAUGGUAAAUCACUGCAAAUUCCCACUGCUUCCAGAGUGCAGUGCUGGUGUGCUUAACAGUACUGGGAUGUGCAUGGUGAUCUGAGGUGUGUAUGCUGCUGCUUGACCAUGGAAACCCAAUCCAUUAAUUUCCCCGCCGAAUCUUCUCGUGCAGAUGUUUCUUCCAGAUUCCGGUAGUAUUAGUGAGUGUUGUAACUGAGGAUAGAUGAUUUUUAAGAUAUGAGCACAUUCAUUGAGCUUAUCCUAAGAAUGAACGGCUGUUGCUUCCAGAAGUUUCCACUUCACAAUAACAGCACAUACUUUUGACCAGGGCAGCGAUUUGACAAUCUGACUUAUUGGGAAGGUGGUAUCCUAUGAUAGUGCCAUGCUGAAAGUCACUGAUCUCUUCAGUAGGAUCCAUUCUACUGCUAAUAUCUGGCUAUGGAUAUUGUGUUGCUAUAUGCUUCAUUUUAUGUAACUGUUAGUAAUGAGUAUGUGGCUGAAACCCACUUGUAUAGAAGGGCUGAUCACAUACUUAUGGUCAUGUAGAAUAUAUACCUUAUAAUAGUACACCUGGAUGGUACAUGAAUGCAGAUUUCUGCAACUUGUACAGGACUGUCCAACAUACACUGGUUGACCAUACACAGCCUUUUUGAUGGUUCCAGUCUCUAUAACGGGUAGCCUCAUCAUAAAUGAUGCUCAAAUAUUAAAGUGGAACAUUAGCACAAUAUUUUAUAAAAAUUAACUUAAUGGUUUAAAAAGGUUUUUUUUAAAUACUUUUUUUUUCUCCUCCUUAAAAUGAUGUGAAAUGUCCAUAACAUUAGUUGUUAGAAAUGAACUGUAAAACAAUAAUUUGACUUUGAUAAAUAAGCCGUUUAAAAGUAAUUCUGAAUAUACAAAGUCAAGCAAUCAUUUGUAAUGCUUGUUCGUUUUACAGAAGUUUAGCACAAACCCCCUGUUUGCUUUUGGAGAAGCUCUUCCAAUUGUUUAAUAUAAGAUGGUCCUAUAAGUGAUGUUAUUUUUUUCAUUUAAAAUUUUUGUAACUUAAAACCAUGGGCAUUUUGGUUUAUUUGCAUGCCAGUUAGAGUUUGCGGUCUGUUCUUUGCGUAUAGCUUGUAUGUAAUUUAUUAUCAAUAAUGUGUAUUUGGCCAGAAUAUUAAUGUGCGCUUUCCAGACAAUACGGAACCGGUCCAUGCUUCAUUGGAGCUUCCAAUCUAAAUUCUCUACCACAAAGAUGUAGAUUGCACAGUUAUCGCCAUAAUAAUUUUUAGAAUUGGACUCUAGUAGGCACAAAUACUUAAAGGAUAUCUCCAAUCAUGAACAUAAUAUUUAUAGGCAGCCCCUGAAUGUGGAUACACUAUGCUAGGAUCCUCCUGAGUUUAAGAACAUUCGCACUGUCUGUGCAGAAAUGUAAAAUCCAAACCGUGCUGUGUUUCUAAUGGCCCGCACACACUAUGCGAUAUGCUCCAUGAGUGAUAUCGCAUAGUGUUUUGCCCUCCCUGGCCGCCGACAGAGUCCAUAGACACAGUACGAUAAUGCAAGUGAUAUCGUACAGUGACGUCAUGUCGCAGCUGGCCCGUGCAGGUAGCAUCUGACGAUAUCGACAGAUUGAGCUGCAUGCACAGCCGACUGAGGGAGGCGAUAACGAUGCAUGGGACCGCGCAUCAUUCAUCGUCCGCAGCAUACACACUGGGCAACAUCACAUACGAUAUCAUUCAGAAGGCUGAAAAUGAGCAAAAUCACGUGUGAUAUCGCCUCGUGUGUACAGGCCUUAACACAGACACUGGACAGAUCCGCUGCUCUGUGAGGCAGCACCUAACAUUACAUAUUACUAGAGAUGAGCGGGUUCGGUUUUAUUCGGGUAUUUCGGGUUUUGCUUAUUGGCUAUCCAAAACGCGUGACAUCCGUGAUCCAAUAAGAUGCCGUUUCGAGCCCCGAGUAAAACCGAACCCGCACAUCUCUACAUAUUACAACAUCUCUGCUUGCACAUUCUUUGCCCAUGUUGUGGACAGUGAUAGCAGAGGUGAGCACUCGCAAACAGUAGGGUUCCCUGUGAUACUGUAGCUAGCUGAUGGGGUGGAGCAGAAGUGAUUGAAAAUUUACUCUGUAGCUGGGGGAAAAAAAUUAUAUUUAAAAUUCCAUGCAAGCGAUAAUGAUGAGCAUGACUAAAUUGUUUUAUUAUUAUUUUUUUAGCUUUUUUUUUAGUUAUUUUUUACAGGCAGUCUAUUGGCAAUAUUAUUUCUUUAGUACUCCCCUUGUACACUUUAUUGGUAGGUAAUAUAGUGAUACCCCUUAAGCCUCCCAUUCAAUAUUUGCAUGUCCUUAGAUUUUUCUUUUGUAAUAGUUAUUCCACGGGUAUCUGUUUUUAAAAGAAAUUUAGCAAUUGUUUACCAGCAAUAUUUGAUUGAUUUUUUUUGGGGUGGGGGCGGGGGGAGUAGGUAAAUAUACUUUAUAUUUAAAUCUGCUCAAGAUUAAGCUUUGUUUGGUAAAUGUGUAUAACACUAUGUGCCUUCCUCUUCCAUUGGCCUUAUAAAGACUUCCCCGGCAUAUAAUCAGAACGGUAUCCGGACUCUAGGUCGACACGGCCACUAGGUCGAGGUGAACAAGGUCGACAUGAGUUUUUAACUUUUUGGUUUUUGGACUCUUUCAUACUUUACGAACCACGUGGACUACGAUUGGGAACAGUAACCAUGGCGAGCGAAGCGAACCAUGCGAGGGAACACAGUGCACUAAAUUGAGGUUCCCGGUCACUUUACGAAGAAAACAACCCAAUUUUUUUUUUAAAAACUCGUCGACUUUUCUUACUAUGUCGACCUUGUUUAUGUCGAUCUAAUGGCUGUGUUGACCUACUCACUGUCGACCUAAUGUGUGUCGACCUAGACACAGUCAUCCCUGAGUCCCAUACCCAAUCAGAAUAUCCUAAAUCCCAGUCAUUUCCUCUCUACACUUGCCUGAUCUGCACUUAUGGCUGUUUCAGCAUUUGUCUUUGUGUAAUAUGCUGGCUUUAUUUAUUAUGUGCAAUAUCAUCUGUUGUUCUAUACUUAUUUUUUUUUUUUUAUUGUUCUGUACUUGUGUUGCUUUUAUAAAAAUAUAUGUGCGAUUUCUGAACGUUUUUACUACCAAAUGAUAUGCUGUAAUAAAACAUUUA